GCUAUUUUGCAGGGAACGAAACGCGUUUUCGCGCCAAAGCACGUGAGUGUAAAGUAAAAAUUAAUCCAAGGCCAAAAUAACAGCGAGGCCAAUAGGCCAUGAAUCGAACCUCCAGUAGCCUUAGAAGUCUCUUCAAAAGGGCGCGCAGCUUCAUUGGAAUCGCCACCACUUCAGCGGCUGCCGCUUCUUUCUUGAACACCUCCGCCCCUUCCAUUUCCACCUCCACUCCUAAGUUAACCACCGCCAUGGAAGACCUCAAAACCCGUGUCUGCAUCAUCGGCAGUGGCCCUGCCGCUCACACUGCUGCCAUCUACGCUGCUAGGGCUGAACUCAAGCCCAUACUUUUCGAAGGCUGGAUGGCCAACGAUAUCGCACCCGGUGGCCAGCUCACCACUACCUCCGAGGUUGAGAACUUUCCAGGUUUUCCUGAGGGGAUUCAAGGCGGCGAGCUCAUGGACAAAUGCCGCGAUCAAUCUCUCCGCUUCGGUACUCAGAUCUACACAGAAACUGUUAACAAGGUCGAUUUCUCCUCUAGUCCGUUCAAGGUUUUCACUGAUUCCAAGGCCGUCAUCGCUGAUUCUGUUAUCGUGGCCACCGGGGCCGUUGCUAAGCGUCUUCACUUUCUGGGCUCUGAUACCUUCUGGAAUCGAGGUAUUUCGGCCUGUGCAGUAUGCGAUGGUGCCGCCCCCAUUUUUAGGGACAAACCUCUGGCUGUUAUUGGCGGAGGGGAUUCUGCUAUGGAAGAAGCUAAUUUUCUCACUAAGUAUGGAUCCAAGGUUUAUAUCAUACACAGGAGGGAUAGUUUUAGAGCUUCGAAGAUUAUGCAGAAUAGGGCCUUGACCAAUCCUAAGAUCGAGGUAAUUUGGAAUUCGGUGGUUGUGGAGGCAAAGGGAGAAAGACUCUUGGGUGGUCUCAAGGUGAAGAACUUGGUGACUGGAGAAGUUUCUGAUUUGAAGGUUUCUGGAUUGUUCUUUGCAAUUGGGCAUGAGCCUGCGACGAAGUUCUUGGAUGGGCAGCUACAGCUGGACUCUGACGGUUAUGUUGUGACCAAGCCAGGUACCACCCAGACUAGUGUACGUGGUGUUUUUGCUGCUGGAGAUGUUCAGGACAAGAAGUAUAGGCAGGCUGUUACUGCUGCUGGCACUGGUUGCAUGGCAGCUUUGGAAGCAGAACAUUAUUUGCAGGAGAUUGGUUCCCAGGAAGUAUAGACGGGUACCAAAAGCCCAUCCUACUCCUACAUAAUUGAAUUGCACCCUUGUUCGCUUCGCGUCUCUCUGGAACGUUCACUUUCAAAUCUUUCUCCAUUGUUAUAAUAAUCAAUCCAUCCUACAAGCAAGUUGGUAUAAUUGUGUGUAACCUUGACUUUCAAGUUGGUAUAAUUGUGUGUAACCUUGACUUUCAAAUCUUUCUCCAUUGUUAUAAUAUAAUUCUCCCUGCAAGCAA